GAUGGAGACCACAGCAAUGCGGGGAUAACUGAGACCGCCUGCCUGCUCUUUCUCUACAGAAGACAAACUCAGGUGACGGACUUUUUUUUUUUACCCUGUUAAAAAUGCGCAGAAGGAGCUCAGUCCUGCAGUUGUCACGGGGUUAGAAAACAGCCAACCUUGCAGUGAGAGGUCGGUGUGGAUUGUUAAGGACUGCUCCGAGCUGCUUCUGCGGCUCCUAGACCGGAUCUCACGUCCGACCUGGAGACAUUUUUGCUGCAUUCACGAUGAUCGGAGCAUGACUUCUGGGCGCUGAGUGGAGGCAUCCCUCCUCUUUCUCUCUCUCUCUCUCUCUCUCUCUCUUUCUGCUCCCGCCCCCCUCUCUGACUGUCUUUUUUCCAAUUUCUUUCCGUGGGCUCAGUACCGGCUGCCCAGUCACUGAGCCCAUUUUGUUGCAGCACCGGGGAAGCUAAGAGCAAUGGGUCCACUCGGUUUCAGCACCACGGAGAGCGCCAGACUUCUGCUUUUUGGUGUGCUCGCGCUGUCCGUGGUGCUGGCGGAGCAGGAAGGAGAGAAUCUGUCCGGUCUCUCCAAUAACCCGGACAAAGCCAUCUUCGCGGUCCGGGAGAACGGCACGACAUGCCUGAUGGUGGAGUUCGCCGUAAGAUUCCUCGUGCCAUAUGACGUGCUCGCGCUCAACGGGAUAGACUUGAUCACCGAGCAGGCAUCGUUCACUCUGCCCCUUGGUGCAGAAAUCGAGGGGACAUGUGCGAGCACGGAGUCAGAGAUCCAUAUAUCCUGGAAGAACAGAGAAUACAUCCUCCGCAUCUACUUUUCUAAGGAGUUCCGAGAGAAGGGCGUCGAGGUGUGGAAGAUUAGCAAGGUCCAGUUCGUUUACGACACCUCGGAGACAUCGCAUUUCAUCAACGCUUACAACCCUGGGAAGCACACAGCCAGCACCCACCGCCUGUCAGCCCUGGUGACACCUGCUGGGCAGUCCUUUGUGUGCACGGCCCAACAGACCCUCACCCUCAUCUCCAGCGACCACCAGAAGGGCAUCACCAUGUCCAUGUACGACAUCCAGAUUCAACCCUUUGACAUCGCCUCCGACUUCAUGUUCAGUGAACCUUACAAGUGCAUCACCGACCAGCGGGAGCGCCUGGAGGAGACCCUCCCCCUCAUCCUGGGCUUCAUUCUGGGCCUAAUAAUCAUCAUCACGCUCACCGUCUACCACUUCCACCUGAAGCUGACGGCGACCCAGCCACAGUUCCCCCGAGAUACCUCCAUGUACAAGAACAUGUAGCCCACAGCUCCUCAGCUCCCUCCAAAGCUAAACCGAUGAUAAAAGACUUCUUUGUCCUCGAUGUCCCGGGCCGACAACACCACAGAGGAACUUGCUGUACAAUGGACUGAAUCCCUGACAGAGAGGUAGUGUAGCCUUUACUGCAGGCCAUCUGAAAACACUGGGAGUUAAUGGGACAGCUUGAGGACUAGAAUGGAUGUAGUGGAGGGUUAACCAACAAAAAACAGAUUUUUUUGACUGCUUAAUUUAAACUUAAGGUCAUUCCCAUAAAAAAGAGAAAUUUCAUGAAAACAAAGACAUAGGUUUGUGCUUUUAUGACACCUAUUUUUUCCAUGACAACACUUGGAUCUAGUGAAUAAUCUUUCAAGCCAACUUAUCGAUCUUCUUUUUCAAGAAAAGUAAGAAUUUGUCAGAGCUUCUGCUGUCAUCUGUCAACAGUUUGUCGUCCUCUCCUCUGAAACUGCUGCUAAAUAUUUCAAAAACCUACUGUUGGUUCUGUAUUUGCUGAUCUUGAUAUGUCUUUUUUUUCUGAGAAUCUCCUUCGUUUUAUUUUUGAAUGCAGCCAUAGUGUUUCACAGUGGACCAGUCUUGUAGUGUGUGCAGUGCAGUGGCAUUCAGAUUUGCUGUUUUUGCUUUGACUUCAAUAAAAAUCUUUUCGUCAUGCCAUUGAAUGGAACAUAUCAAAAAGAAAUAUGAAAAGAUCUGACAAAAAUUCUGCACUAAAGGAAUUGAUCAGAAUGCCAUAUAAGAGUGUUUAUGAACAUACAGAGAAGUAAUUCAAUUUAAAGAAAGUAUGUGUGUUAUAUUUUCAGAAUCAAAGUCUAUGCAUAAACCUCUGCUGAUGCAAUUUUGUGCAGUAUUCUUCUGUUCAUUGAAAUAAAUUGCUGAACUCAUCUUUAAA